AUGACCGCCUCCCUGCUCCUGAAUCCUCGCUGGCCGGCGGACACGCUGAUGUUCGUGUAUGACAACAACCUGGACGAGCUGAACAAGAACAUGGACGGGUUGGUGGGCAGCGGGAAUUUCGCCGCUGCGAGUCAGUGCCGCAACAUCAUGGCGCAUUCUGCGGCUGCGGCGGCUCUGGGGGGCCACGCUUCCGGGCUGGUGCACGCCUCGGCGGGCUACUCCACAGUGGACGUGUCCGCUUCAGGCUCCGCUGACGCCACCGCGGCUUCGGGGAAACAGUGCGCAACCGGACCGUGUCCGGGGGCGCACCAGAGCUCCUCCGCCACCUUACCGUACGGCUACUUCGGUAACGGUUACUACCCGUGCAGGAUGAGCCGCGGCUCCCUCAAAUCGUGCACGCAGGCGGCCGGAGCCGCGCUCAGCUCCCAGUACAUGGACACAACAGUGAGCUCCGACGAGUACCCGAACCAUCGGGCCAAAGAGUUCGCUUUUUACCACGGUUACCCGAGCCCGUACCAGUCCAUGGCCAGUUACCUGGACGUGUCCGUGGUCCAAACGCUCGGCACCGAACCGCGCCACGACACCCUGCUGCCCAUGGACAGCUACCAGCCCUGGGCUCUGACCAACGGCUGGGGGGGACAGAUGUACUGCUCCAAGGACCAGGGACAGGCGGGACACCUCUGGAAGUCCGCACUGGCGGACGUGGUCGCGCACCAGCACGACGGUUCGCCGUUCCGCCGAGGCCGGAAAAAGCGGAUCCCCUACACCAAAGUCCAGUUGAAGGAGCUGGAGAAAGAGUACGCCGCCAACAAAUUCAUCACUAAGGACAAGCGCAGGAAGAUCUCAGCCGUGACCAACCUGUCCGAGAGGCAGAUCACCAUCUGGUUCCAGAACCGGAGGGUUAAAGAAAAGAAAUUCGUGGCCAAAGUGAAGAGUAACGCCCCGUAA